AUGCCGCCUCCGUCAACCACACCGCCCAGGGAGGAAUCCCUGGCAAGGGCUUCCACAGACGAGCCCCGCCGCGUAGAGGAGGAGCCGGCAAGCACAGGCGCCAGCAGUUCUUCACCAGCAACAAACGUUGUCGGGCAGGGAGCCACCUCCCAACAGCAUGCCACAGAUCUCCCCUUGGCGGAGCAGAUGGAUGGCGACAUCAUCAUCGCAGAGAUCGCCAAGGAUGCUGCCGCCGAAGCCGCCAGAGUCACUGCUGACGAGGCCGCCAAGGACGUGCAUGAAGACGCCGCCAAGGGGUUUGCCGGUGAGGCCGACAAGGAGACCGGCGACCGAACUGACGGCAUUCCUGCGGCAGGAGCGCCUGGCGCUGCAUCGGUCCCGGAGCCCCCAGUUGCCCGGGAGACGAGAGCCACGGUACUACUGAGCGUGUCCACCGCCGCACCAUCCACCCCAUCCACUCCCACCCCACCAAACUCUCUCUCGCGAAACCUAAAAAAACUCUCUCACCAAUCUCACCCCACACCCCUCGGUCGAGCUACUCUCCCCCACGAUCUCCUCGCCGCCGCUGCCCACGCCGGCACGCUCGUCGCCGCUGCAACCGCCCACGCCGGCACGCUCGUCGUCGUCGCCGUCGUAUCGGGAUCUACCUCCUCAUCGGCUUCCUCUCCCCCAUGGUCGACCCCGAGCUCGACCCCUCCGCCGCCCACGACGGGCACGCCCUCCCCAACCGCGGAUCUUGCGAGUUCAAGCACUUCAUCAGGAGGCUCCCGGAGUUCAAGUUCUGGGGUCAUCGACAUGGACUACUGCGGCCUAGUGGGCAUCAUGCUAUUCAACCACUCGGAGGCGGACUUCGUCGUGAAGCCCGGCGACCGCGCCGAACAUAUGAUCGUCCAGGUCAUUGCGACGCCGGAGGUCGCCGAGGUGAAGGACCUCGACGCCAUCGUCUGGCGGGAGGGAGUGCUCUGAGCCUUGGUAGAUACAUCUAGAGAAGUGGUCUAGUUGUUUGCAUCUGAUGUUAAAUUGGAUCUCGAGAUCUCGAGUUAAGAUGUUCAAUGCUGUAUCCAUGAAUGCUGCAAGUGCUAAGAUGGUUCUGUGAACUUAGUUUA